ACAACCUUAAACUAUAUCUGUUGUUGUGAAAAGCCUUUGAUACAAACAUUUAUCAUCCUUACCAUCAUGGAGAUGUAAGUAAUCUUUGCCAUUUAUUUUGUCUUUCCUUUUUGCCUCUUCCCUCUUUCUAUCCCAGGUUAAUGUUUUGGCACAUGCUACAUAUGCUCCUGUAUCCAUGAAGCAGCUUAAUUAAAUAAGAAAGUUAAUGAAAAAAAAAAAUCUCAAGACCAAAGGAAGCUUUCUAAGACUACUGUUGAUCGCAAGAUGACUAAUAAAGUGAAGGAAAAAUCUCCAACACACGGUGACAACAUGGACGGAGUAGGAAAGAAUGAUAUGAUCAAGAAAGAAAUGCAUGCUCAUGAUAGAGUACCAAAAGUUUCCCAAUUACUUUCUGCUGUGCAUGAAGCACAUGAUUUAGGUUUCAAAGAUAGAGAUGUGUACCAGGAUAAGGAAGAUAGCUCUGACUCUGGUUCUUUUUCUGGUUUUAAUUCAAAUGCUCAAGCUGCACUACUUCCAUGCCAAACCAUUCACAGCUCAGAAGCAUUAGCAAAUCAGGAAGUCCUUGGGGAAAGAACAGAAUUGGCCAAGUCUUGUGGUGCAGAAUGGGAUGUCUUCCGUAGGCGCGAAGUUCGGAAGCUUAUGGAGUACCUUAGAAGGCAUUCAAAUGAGUUCGUUCACACAUGUUGCUUACGAAAGAAUGUAAGACCAGUCCCAAGACUUGACAAUGUUCUAGCAGCAUGGACAUAA